GAGUGUGUUUUUUGCUAUAAACAAGGGUACAUUCAAUAGCUGUCUUCUUUAGAUCAGCAGCCGUGUCUCUGUAACGGGUAAGUUUGAUACGGAAUACGUUCUGAGCACACUCAAACGCGCUGCAGAGUCACUAAAAAAGCAUUCUUUAGUAGCUUUAGUUUUAUGUCGCUGCAAAAGUUUCAGUCUAAAAGCGUGUGUACCUAAGUGUGAUUUCGAUAUUUUAGAACUCAGAAUCAUGUUACUCUGAGUGUUAGUUAGCAGGCCAGUGCACUUGUCAUCACAAACAGUUGGUCAGCUGAAUAAGUAGAGAGAGUAACAAAGAAAAAACACAAAAAAUUACCACGACAAUUUAUUUGCGAAGAUAUAAAACACGAGGAAAGUUUAAAGAGCUACUAAACCUAAGGAUUAAUGGACAUAAUGAACAUAUUUUGUCAGUCCCUUGGCGUGACCUCUCACGCGAAAACGUUACUUACGGUUUGCUGUUUUUGGACUGAUUUGGUAUCCGUUCAAGAAAAUUGUCAUCCGUUCAAACGACUUAGGCUAUCCGUUUGAAAAAGGUUGUCAUCAGUUCGAACGACUCGGGCCAUCCGUUUGAAAAAAGUUGUCAUCCGUUCGAACGGCUUGGGAUAUCCGUUUGAAAAAUUUGUUAUCCGUUCGAACGGCUCGGGCUAUCCGUUCAGAAAAGAAUUUGUCGACCGUUCGAGCGACUGAACGUAUCUGUUCAAAGGUAAAUUUUAGCCGAGUUUCCAUCCUAAAACCAUUUCGUUGCUAGCCACUCGCGUCGAACGAUGUGUUAUUCUCCAGGUCACGUACGUUACGGGUUUUGUUUACAAACGUAUCAUAUAUGAAUAGUUACGCAUCUCUGCUCCUUUGUAGCCAUCUUCGCUUUCAAAUUAUCAGUCGAUUAUCGACAGUAUCGACAUACGUUUUAGUCAAUACUAAAGUUUUUUUUUUCCAACAAGUUUCCCGAAAAUAAUAUUUUUUAUCUUUACGCUUUUGUAGUUUAUGAGCCAGCGGAACGAAACUUCAUUUUCCUUGCAUGUCGAGAACGAAAAACACGAAAAAUAAAGUUUUUUUGGUUGCAUUUCUUCUUCUCUAGACUGUUUCUCUAUUACAAAGAAGUUACACGAGUCUUUUCCAGCACGUUAAACUUUGCGUGACAAUUUAUCGGCGAACCGCAAUUUUACCGCAAACUCAAAUAUGCAAAUUUGGUAGAACGAAAUUCGAUACUCACACUGUCUUAUCGCCCGACGAGGUCCUGAUCUCUUUAAUUGUACUUCUCCAAGUGUUGCUUUCUUCUUGACGCAGUGCGAGAAAAGUACAGUUAUGUUUGCUACGCGACCUUGCAUUUUCUUUGCAGAAUUGUAGAAUUCAACAGAAAUUACACGAAAUGCAUAAAAUUUGUCUUUGACUUGAGCUCAUAAGGAGUUCGCAUAAGGAAUUGGCUUAUCUGUUAUACAAUAAAUGAAACUCACAAAAUUUGGCAUCCUAGUGAACAAAACUACUUCUUUGUCCACUUCAAUUAGAGAUAGCAAAAUUUCCAGGGGGUGUGCGAAAAUUUUGGAAAUUCCGGAGGGGAGGGGGGGGUAAACUUUAGGGGCGGGGGGGUCAUACGGCAAAUCCCUUCUGUGGGAGGGUAUGGAUAUUUUCUGGAACCACACAUUAGUUUCUCAUACAAACACUGUAAUUUCUCACGGGUUUGCCUACUCAUCAAGAUGACGUCGAAACCGUGACAAGGUCUAUUGCAAGCCUGCCUAUUCCCCCUGUCGGGCAAUUGUUGGGCAUUUGUUAAUUUUUUAGGAAAAGAUGCAAAUGCUCUGUGGUGGGGCCAGGCAGUUCAUAGAAAAACUCCAUGGUGGGGCUUAAAAAAGUGUGCAAAUUCCUAGCCUGUGUACAAACGUCUUCCCUCUCUCAGAAAAAAUCGGGUGAAGAGAUGUCUGUGAAUUGCUGUCGUUAAUUGUGUUGUGCUAAACAUUUGCAUAAAUUAUUUUCUUUUUGUUUUUUUCUCUGACAGUUAAAAAGGUGUUGACAAACAAUGCGACUCUGGACUCUUUUAGAGCAUGUACGCUGUUUUUUUUAAUAAAUUAGUACGUGGCAGCCAUUCACAGACAUCUCUUCUCCCGAUUUUUUCUGAGGGAGGGGGGCACGUCUGUACGCAGGUUAGCAAAUUCCCUACCCACCCAAAUUCCAUUUUCUUGUAAUAUUUAAGCUGCAAAUGCCAUAUUUGUAGGAAAUCUGUAACAAUCUCAUCAAAAUGCGUAAAGCACCCUUCUCAAAUAGCUCCUAGCCGCUAGUUAUUAUUAUAAAAAAAGAUAAAUUAGAAUUUGAAUUAUACCUUUCUUAUUUUCAAAGGUAUUUAAAAUAAUAGUAAAUGAUAAUCAAACAACCAAUGAGCUUAACAUUUUACUCAUCACGUCAGUGGAACUGUUCCAUCAAAGUUUUAAUUGUCACAUUGAUCACACAAUUAACACAAAGUUUAUAUUAGCUUUCAAAUUUCUCGCAGAGUUUUUCUAGGCCUUUCUGCUUACAAAGAAUAUGUCUUCCUUUAGACUCUUCAAAUGAUGCAUUGAUUGUUUUUCUUUCAUGUGUGAACUGAUCAUGAUGGCGAAGGCAGUUUUUUUAGAGGGAUACAAAAAAUACUGUGGGGCAGGGUGGUCAAUGGAGCAAAAACCACAUGAAUCUUUUUAAAGCAUAUGUACUAAAAAUAUUCUUUAUAGAAAUAUCUAAAGCAAUCGAAAUAGGCAUAUUUUUUAAGUGAAAUAAUAUUUCACUUAAAAAAUAUUAUUGAAAGGAACAAUAUUAACUGCUUCUAGAAGAAUUGACAAAUGCUCCACCCUUGUGCAGAGGUUUUCUGACAAACUCCCCACCACCAGACCAACAAGAUAACAAAAUUAAUGCCCAAUGAAAUUUCAUGCCCUAGGAGUGGGGUGGGGGGGAUGGACAUGCUUGGAUUUACCGAAGCUUAAUAAUUAAGCUUUCUUUGAACAAUUAUCUCAGAUUUAACUGUUGUAAAAUUGCUCAUUACAUGUUAGAUGACAAAUUGAAGUUCAUUUUCAUUUAAGGACUUUGAUACAAGGCAUAUGAAUUUCAAUGAAAGGUGUUAGUAAAUGUAAAGCAAUUUAAAAACCAAGUACAUACAUGUAGGUCGGUGUGAUAUAUUCACCUCUCAUUUUUAAGCUGUAGGAGGGGAGACCAGGUAUAGGCAUCAAAUGCCCUACCCCAAGGACAUCAUAGUUGGUCAAAAGAAAACUAAUUAUGUACCCCUUAUCCCUAACUACGUGGUAAAAGUAAUAUCUUCCCAGUCUACUCAGAUGCCAAUGUCUUUCAGAAUUUCCUUUCUGAGUUCAGUCUGUCAGCACAUUUUCUUGCAUCCUGCUGGGAAUGUUUUCCACUUAUAAAUUAAAAAGGCCAACAAUUUUUUAUCUGUUAACGUGCAAAUUUCCUUGCUUUCCAACUCAAGCAAAACAGUCAAUUAUAAGAGUUAGACUUCCUGACACAACAAGAACGAGAUAAAGUUGGAAUGGAUGGAUUCACGAGUAGGAAAGAACCCUGGAUAUUAGCUCGAACAAUAGAUUGCUUGUUACUUUUAAUUUUCAUCAUGUUCAUCUCUCCUCCUCCUCCUUGCACAUGUGUUUAAUAAGAUACCCUCAGAUCCCUAUGGAAACUAUGGCUGCCAUCGAUCUUUGGUUAUCAACCCUCCCCCCUGCUUAUUCAACUGGAGUGGUAACCAGGUCUCUCUCAAUUUCCAUUCCAAAUCCCUGGUCCCCACCCCAGCAAUUGGCGAUAAUCAAAAGUGGUCACCACGACAGGCUGACUUGCUUUAUGUCAAAUCCACAAGAUGUGCCCGGCUUUACCCCAUCCAGACAGAGAGCAUAGAAAGAAUGUUUAUUUUUUUAAAUUUUUUUUAUAACCGUACUGACAAUACCCUAUUUUACUCAAUGGUAAAGCUAAGAAAACUUAAUUGCACUUGCUAAUCUGUGAUUACUUAAAUACCUACUACAUGUAAUUACGUUAAAUGAUGCAAAUCACUGAUCCUCCACCUCGGUUGUUUACAAAGUUGACCAAUUGGAUUACAGGAAAAUAUCAAUACAUUCAAGAAAGUUAGUUGUCAAAUAUAAUUACGGGUACCAUAAAACGAAAUAAACAACAUGGCUCAAAAUCAGCCAAUUACAACCUAGAGAAGUGACCUUUUGAAGCUGCUGAAGAAAGCAUGUGUUUCCUGAGAGGUCUGUUACAGUGUGUGAUGGAGGCAAAAAACAUAAACGAUAGUUGCAUUUUUGACUUGCAGUGGCAUGUUAUUACAAUGUGUGGCAAUAGUAGCGAAGAAAUUGCGGGUAGAUGAUUUUCCUGUAAUCUGAUUGGUCAACUUUGUCUGAAGUGGCCCUGAUUGCAGGGAAGUGUUUUAGUAACACUGUAAGGUUAUGUGGAUAAUUUCCAAAAAAGUGAAAUGAAUAAUUCGUGGAAUUGACAACAAGUACAAAAUUUCUUUAUUCAAGGCUCCAAAAGAUUUCUGUAGAAAAGGUAACUCUCUAGGAAGCUUUUACGUUUUAAAUCAUUCCUGUCCUCGGCAACCAGAAAUAAAUGUUUUGGGGCAGAAAUAAAAGUAAAAAUAGUGAAGGAAGCUCAAGAGGUGACAGUUGUAUUUAUUCUUAUUAAUUUACAAGAUAAUUCAAAGAAGUCGUGUUUGAUUUGCCUAAAUAGUUAAUGAGAUAUAAAUACCUCUUGCAAGUUGAUGUUAACUUAGCUGUAACCUCCUGCAGGUAUAGAUGAUACCAAGUAAAUGGAAUGCCUUUGAAAAAAAGGGAAACAGCAACUAAAAGGAGGCUUCAGUAGAUAAAUAAAAAAAGGUUUAUUUUUAAACGAAAGUAUUACAUGUAGCUAAUUCAGGUAAAUUACCUAUCACACAUCUUGGUGGGUAGAUUAAUAACAAACGUUUUAAGAAAGGAGGACUUGGAGGAUGUCACUAACAAAAACUGUUUGCCAAACCUUGUCCUUAAUGUUAAUUGAUGGUCUCACUCUGCUGUGUACAAUUGACAUCAUUGGUACCAAUGUUGUGAAAUUUUUGGACCUUUCCACACUAGCAGACAAACUUAGAAUUGUCUUUGAAACAUCUAAGCUGAAAAUUGCAUGGUGACAAUUUUGUUUUUGAAAAAUUGAUUCGCACUGAAAACUAUUUACUAUUAACAGCCCGUUGCAUCUGUCAACUUAAUGGAAAGAAUAAUGGCUUUACAACAAAUGAUUGAUAUUAAGAAAAAGUCAUGUUUUCAUUUUGUCCAGUAAUUAACCCGGGACAAAUUUUGUCUGUGUUUGCCUUUAAAGAUUGUCCCUUCUGGGGCAAAAUUUGUAAAAUCGCACGUGACAAACUAUCUGCAUUUGUAAAGCAUUGGUGAUGACAGAAAAUUUGUCUAAGACAGCUUUUUUGCCAGUGCAGAUAGGCCCUUGGUCAAUGCCAGCUGGUUGUGAAGAGUUGGGCUGGGAACUCGAGCCAAAGAGAAAAGUAAUAAUGAUGAAUAAUGUUGUCUUGGAAAGACAUUAAAUUUACAUGUAUGUUACAGGUCAAAUUUAUAUUUAGGUUAUUUGUUUUAACCUAGUUUAUUUUUUUAAACCUAGUUUAUUUUUAAAAUUUUGUUUAAAAUAGUUUAUUUUUAAACCUAACUGCUAGUGAUUUUUCAAAUGUCAAUGUUUUUCGAAAUAAAAUUUUAGGUCAAGUCUUUAUUUAAAACUUUUACCUUUCGUGUAAAGUUAGGGCUUUUGUACACAUUUGAAUGGCUAUAGAGUUAAGCACUUGGGUGAGUGAUUUGGGUUAAGCACUUGUUUCACAUAUAAUUUUUUGGUUAGCUUUCAUGUAAGGUUAGGGUUACUGCACAUACUUUAGUGAUUAAUAGGAAUAAGUACUUAUUUCGGAACACAGCAUGCAUCCUGGACAAUAGCAAAAGUGCUCUGUGUGGGAAUUAGGUUUAUCGACAGUUCUUUCUCAAAGACAUUUGGAAAUUGCACUGGAAUAUAGACCACGUAGUUUGUAGUUAACAUCUCUCCUUACAGUAAGCAUUUGUUCAAGGUAGUCUGUGGACACCAGGAAUUUUCACAAAUACAGCUAGUUUUUAGUCAUUUAUUUUUUCUUGAAUUUUGCAUAGUAAUUAUAUGUUAGUACAUUACUGUUCUGCAACCUUUCUGCAUGCAGCAGAAAAUGUUAUUUCUGUACUAACGUCCAGCUGAAUGUUUGUUGCUGUACAUUUAUUUAACCUGUUUGUUGAAAUAUAAGUUUUCAGCCUUCCAAACUUGGUCACGAUUUUGGCAUAGUCAUUUUCAACUUCAGUUAUUUCAAGCCAAUUAUAACAUUUGGAUGAAGGGGUGAAAUUUUGUCCACUGAAUCAAUUUUAAUUGACACAUAUUCAUCAACGUGAAAAUUAGGACCUCUUUUUCUACUCUCUUUCAUUUUGCUGUUAUAGUUCAACUGUCUCUCAUUUAUAUCUGUUUUGAGUUUCUUCAUCUGAGUGUCAUUCUGACCUGUAACAUGUACAUUGUUUCAUUCAUUGUCUCAUGUUGCAGAAUUUUGGAGCUGAGUUAUAUAAGUUCAGAAAAAGGAAAAUAAAAUUGUUGUCCUGUGUUCACGUCCUCCAUAAAAUGUAAAUUAGGAAUUUUCAUGUUGUAGUUGCCUGCUAUGGCAGCAAAGAAAUGUGCAAAAAAAAGCAUGAUGCACAUGCAAAGUUGUUGCUAAUCUAAAUCAUGUGUUCUGGCCAUUCUUGUUUUUGUCACCAUCGUUGUUGCUUAAGCUGCCUAUUAGCCUGCGAAUACAGACUUUUUACUGGAAAUCUGUGGAUAAGUUCAGAUUCUAGUUAAAGAGUGUAAUUCUUUCCUUGUGACCUACUUUUUGUACCCACUGCAACUCCAUGCUGUGUGCGGUAAUUAGAAGGGUGGGGUUGAGUUAAAAAAAUCUUGAUCUUGGCAUUAAUCAUAUUGUUAAUUUUAUCUAUGUUUGAAUGUCUGUUUCUAGGCUUUCUUAGUUACAAGGGACAGGAGCUCUUGAAUUUAAAAAAUGGAACAUUCUCAUGAGAAACUGAAAGCUUGUAUGGAGUAUGAUGCUCAAGGAGAAGCAGUUUUAGAUCUACGGAGGAAAAGACUCUCCAGGUUACCUGAUGCAGUCACUGAACUGAGUGAACUGGGAGUACUUCUGCUGAAUGAAAAUAACCUGACAGAAUUACCAACAAGUAUUUGCAAGUUAAAAAAUCUUAAAAUGCUCAACUUGGAUCAUAAUCACUUAACGCAGUUACCUGAUGAGAUUGGUGACCUGAAAAAGCUGGUGGAGCUGAUUGUGAGUAACAACCAGUUGUCUGGUUUACCUAUGAGUAUACAGAAUCUCAACAAGCUUGAAUUGCUCUACCUGCAUAAGAACCGAUUAAACAAGUUGCCUGAUGAGAUAGGUGACCUGAAGGAGCUAAGGCUACUGAGUGUGUACAUGAAUCAGUUGGUUGGUUUACCUACCAGUAUACUAAAGCUAAACAAGCUGGAAAGGCUCUACAUAGAUGAUAACAAAUUAACAGCAUUACCCAUUGAGAUUGGUGACUUAAAGGAGCUAAGGGAGCUGAGUGUGAGCAACAACCAGUUGGUUGGUUUACCUACCCAUAUACAGAAGCUGAGCAAGCUAAAGGGGCUGAAUUUAAAUUAUAACAGAUUAACAACAUUAAUACCCGAGAUUGGUGACCUAAAGGAGUUGAGGACAUUGAAUGUGAAAAAAAACCAGUUAAGUUGUUUACCGAGCAGUAUUCUGAGGCUGAAGAAGCUUGAGGGGUUGAAUGUGGCUGGAAACAGAUUAACUGAGUUAGGGUCUGCAGCUGAGCUUAAUGACCUGGCCUAUAAUCUGAAUAGACUAAAGGUCAGUGGUAAUCCUUUAACUGUUGAUGCAAUAAGAAUUAUUCUGGAAUCAAUGAAUAAACGAAAAAAGUACACUGAUAUUAUGGGUGAGUGCAGACUUAUUUCCACUAAAUUAUUAUUAAAUUUUUAAAAAUAUUUUUAACGAGUUAUAUUUUAGAGUAACUUGCUUGUUUCUUAUAGCCAAUAAGUAAUUCUACCAAGUACUCAAUAUUAAUGCAAAACUGUUAAGUGACCUUAAUUCUAUUUGGAAGUAGACUGUCCAGGGCUGAGUGGGCCCCAGUACCCCACAUGUAGUUUGCGGUAGAUAAGUAUGACCCAGAUACACGUGUAAUCAAUGUUUCCUUACAACAAUAAUAAUUAUUAUUAAAAACUGAAUCAUUGGGUAAUGCAAUUCUACAGCUCUGAUUGCCUUAGCCAUCAUGGUAUAUGAGCCAUUAUACCAUGCUCUCUAAAUAGCUGUACGCAUCUGCUCUAGGCUUGCAUGAUAAAUUCUGCAAGAAGAAUUUCGAGCAAAAUAACAAUUUGUGGGGGAACAUUCUGCUGGCAGAAAAAGGCAUUUUCGAGCAGAAUUUGAGCACAAUAAGGGAAAAUCAGCGGUACUAAUGAUAUGCAUAAGAGUCGUAAGAAAAAUUUAAACCUAAAUGAAAAACAAAUGGAAAGUACCUUGUGAUUAAUUUGAUUAUUUAAUACCUACAACACACUCACAUUAAAAGUAAGAUGAAUUACAUUUUUGCUAUGCAUAGUGAAUAUCUUUUUUUAAGGGUUAGGCCCAGGCUUCCUUCUAUCUUUGUGAGACUGAAUAAUGGUGUCCAAGCAGAACUUUGAGCACUGAGAAUAAACUAUUUUUACAAGCACUGCCGGCAGGCAGAAUAAGCCAUUUUACGAGCAGAAUUUAUCCAUGCCUAGUCAAAAUUAAAAACAAGCGGAGUAAUUGUUAAUUAUUUCAUCUUAUAUAUUUUUUUUUGUUAUGGUGAUCAGCUGUUGAGUUCUGAGACACUACAAACUUUUAUUUGAAGGUUGAUAGGGUUUGAUUUUGUACACCUCUUCCAUGUUAUAAUGACACAGUGGCAUAAGUUGCAUAAUUGUCUGUGUGUAAGCUACAACCUAUAGCCCAUUUUACAGUUGUGAGCUUGGUGUCCUAGCCUUUGAGAGAACGUGAGGCUGAGGUUGACCUUGUUUUGAUACAAACCUCCUUCCUUUUAUAAUGUAAAUUUUGCUUUAAAUUACUAGUUUGCAUGACAACAACAUGAUUUACAUAAUAAAGCAAGAAGACUCCAGCCUCGUUUCCAACUGUCACUGUAAAAUGGGCAAUUUCAAAAAGCUUUGAGACAGUGUAACUUUCUAAGCCAAAAAUGGUGUUUAUCAGACUUCAUUCGAUUCCUGCCCCCUCCCCUGUCAUUACAGUUGUAAGGAUAUCGUAAUCGACUCCUGCAGUUACCCUGAUAACUUACAGUGGUUGUGUAUUCUGCUAAUUAAAGGUCAGCAAUGAUUGGGUAGAAAGAAUUAAACAUUAUUUUCAUUAUUUUUAUCAUUUAAGUCCCUACAGAAAUUGAGGCACGAGGAGAAAGAGCACAACUUGCUUAUCAAAGCGCUCUAAGAGAUGGAGCUGUUAAUGUUUACCGUGGUCGAGUAUUGCUGAUUGGUCAGGAUCGGGCAGGAAAAACAAGUUUGAAGAAGUCUCUCAUUGGUGUACCAUUUAAUCCAAAAGAAAAAAGUACUGAAGGAAUUGAAGUGGAUCCUUCAAUAUUUCAAGUGGAUGUUGAUGAAUUUAAGGAUUGGCAACCUAUUGAUGAGAGUAAACAUGGUUUGCUGGGAUGCUCUAAAGAUGUGGCACAGAUGAUUGUGGAAAAGCUGUGUGUUCCAGUUAGUCGUAAUUGGAUUCAGGAGGAGAAUGAAGGUGAAUUAAAAUAUGGCAGCAACUGUACAAAUGAUGGUCACAAGAAUGGGGAACAGAAUAUUGCUGAUCCUGCGGGGGAAAAGAAAGAAGAUGCCUUUGUGAACCAGGUUUGGGCCAAGUCAAAUCCUCAUAUUCACCAGUAUCAUCUUAUUUAUUACUAGGACAACUGUAAGUUAGGAGUUUCAAUUUGAAAGUAAGUGUUGGCGUCAGAGCUUAUGGAGAAUACAGUUUGAAAAUAUGUGGUUAGUAGAGAAUAUUAAAAAAAGAUUUCAAUUCAAGCAGGACAGCCAUCGAUGAUGGGUGCCCGACAAAUCUCAAACACGAGUGUCCAAGAUCAUGGUUAUGUAAUAUGAGUCUUCAAAAAUACUUUUUCACAAUUAUGAUACCUCUUAUUUCACAAAAUGACAUGAAACGAUCAGCUUUACGAUGUUCUUCUAUCAUGAAGUACAACCAAAACAAGUGUCAGAAUUUGCAGCCCCCCUAAACUGGCCAAUCGCAGUAUAUACGUACCAACUGCUCAGGGUCUGGACAAUCUGCGAGCCAUGCAAGCCAUGGGAAAAAAUAGAGUUUUAUGAAAUUGUAAAUGUAUGAAAGAUGUUACCUGCUUAGCUCCCUGUAAGGGCAUGUGAGGUUUUGCCGUUGGACUAUUUGCAGAAUUACGUAGUGUUGGUCGACUUUCAUUGAUAAGGGUUAAGCACUCGCUCUACGCCUUCUAGGGGUAAACACUCAUUUACAACGGUUAGCUUUCGGUGUUUUUUUUUCUUGUUACUGCUUUUUGGAUUUUUUUGAAUUUUUCUUUCGCAUGGCUCGCUGACUCGCACUGUGUCCUAACUCCAUUACUCAUCUUGAUGAAGUACAUUGUAUAAAUUAGUAAAUAAAUUUAAUUGCCAAGAAUUCAUAAAAAUGAGCAUGCAGUUAAAUUCUUUUUUCUUUCUAUUUUUGAUACCAAUUUUGCAGGUUCUCGAUGCAAAUGUAGACAGUGUUAUUGGACUCGCAUCAGCAGAGCCUGAUCGUGAGUUAUUGAUUGAUACUGCUUCACCUCCAGAUGAAAUCCAGGAGCAGGCCAUUGAGUUGAUAAAGUAUGUGGAAGGUGGAGGUGUCAAAGAAGAAUCUGUUUUCAGUGUUGAAAUGUGGGAUUUUGCUGGACAAGAGCUGUAUUAUGCAUCUCAUCCUGUAUUUUUAACAUCACGUGCGAUAUAUAUUUUGGUGUGCAACCUUAGCAAAUCACUGCAUGACACUGCCCAACCCUGUGUGAGACAAGGAAGUCAUAAUUUCAUGUUGGACAACCCAAAUGGGGAAACAAAUAUGGAGAAUCUACUAUCUUGGCUGUCCACAGUGCAUAGCAUAACACAGAUGAGAGGAGAAACCUGUGACGAUGCGGAAGGAAAGCUUCCUCAUCUUCGGCCACCAGUGAUCAUUGUAGGCACCCAUGCAGACAAACCAUUUGAAGACAUUGCAACAAUGAAAUCACAAAUACAGAGGGCAAUUGCUGGUAAGGACUAUGAAGGACAUGUGGUGCGGCCUAUCUUUAGCAUUGACAACACUGCAAGAUCACUUCAAAGAAAGAUCAAAAGGGUUUUCAGACAAGAUAAACACAUUGAUCACAUUCAAGCUCUACAGGACAGAAUCAUGGAAGUGCUAAAACAGGAGCCAUACAUGGGGGAGAGUAUACCUGUGAGGUAAGUCAUUAUUGACUAGGGCCCAGUUCCUCCUCGAACGAUGGUUAAGUUUAAACCAGGAUUAAACCAAAUUUUUAAAUGCGGUUUUCUUGUCUAACAACAUUCAAGCUUACCCUUUACUCUGAGAUAGAGUAAUAAUGAUACAAAAUAAUUAUUAAAAGAUAAUUCUAGUCUUGAAUGAGAAUUUCCGUUGGAAGAAUUUGGGAUUUGAGGCCUUUGUUUCAGACCUAAUGGGUUAAUUCUGCCUUCAGUUGUAAUGUUAUUUUUAGGGUUUUCAGACUGGUUUGAAACUGUUGUGUCACUUUUUAAUCUCGAAAUUUUGCUUUCUGCACAUGCCCGAGUUUAUGAAGCUGAUAUUUUGCGUCUUGAAUAGAAGGGCCCAAAGUUGUCGACCCAUAAACAGCAUUUUGGGUAGUUUUGGUUUGUUAUAGUCAGAAAGUGACCGGAAAACGGCUUGACUAGCUUCAAACGGCAUUUUCGGAGAAAUGCCCAGGAGUGAAAGGGUCAAAGAAGUUACUAUUAACUUUGGUGACUGAGACACUGUUCCUUUAAUACAGAAUUGACUGUGCAGUGUACUAAACAGUGACCUCUUAAUGUACGACUAUCUGGCGUCGAGUCAAUGAUGCGAAGUUUACCCUUCUGUUUUGGAAUGUGUGCAUGCUUUUGCACAAAUAGUCAAAGCAGGUGCUUUUCUUAGUGACAUGAAUACUAUUACGUGCUUCCUUUUUUAUAAACUAGGUGGCUCAACUUUGAGAAGGUCAUUGAUGCUUUACAGUCCAAGGACGUUUGUCAUUUAAAUAUAACGGAACUUCAAACCUAUGCCAAAGAUAAGUGCUUUGUUAAUGACGAGGAAGAGUUCACUACCAUGGUGAAUUUUUAUCAUGACAUGGGGAUAAUUAUCAAGCACUGUAGCACAGUCAUUCUGAGUGCCAAGUGGCUGAUAUACCUGUUCAGGCAGCUGAUCACUAUUCCACAUUUUGAUAAAAUGGUAAGAAAAACGUUUAUUGUAUAAACACCAAUGAAAUACCAGGUGAGCUUUCACGCGAAAACAUGAUAUCUUCAUACGUGAAAAUAACAAGUGAAGAGAUCAUCGUUGCUAUGGCUACAUAAUAAAUCGCUCCUUUCGCAGCAAAAAAAAUAUUCAAGUGAAAUGGUUUGGUAUUUUAUUGGUUUUUAUAUAAUAGAUAGAACAUUACAUGGCCGCUUGGAGAUACGAAAUUUCUCUUUUCGUGUUCACACUCGAAGAGAAAUUUCGUAUCUCCGCGCGGUCAUGUAAUAUUCAGGACUAUUAGUUUCAACCUGAUACUAGGCUUUCUCUACUGGAGAGAUCGAUGGAGGGUCAAAAUGCUCUUGCUCCAACGCUGUGUUUUGCGCAAGUUUCUCGUUACUCAUGAAUUUCAGAUUGCGUUCUGUGCAUUCCAUCCAUCCUUAGUGGAAGUCCUAACGAAUGCUGGCUACUUAUGUGCCACGCACGCGUAAAAGCAACAUGGAGAUUGGGAUUGCGGGCUCCUAUGGUCGCCCACAACUAGCUCUCUGCUACCUGGAUUCCUUUUUAAAGACUCUGUAAUCACUCCUCAUUUUAUUAUCUUUCAGGACCCUAAGGUUUCCAAGCACUGGGAGAAACUGAGAGAAAGCGGUGUCCUCAGCAUGGAACUAGUUGAGCAUGUGUUUUCCAAAUUUCUUCUAAAGGGCGUUGUCAGAGAUGACAUUCUAGACUUGAUGGAGCAGUUUGGCUUGAUUGCAAAGUUCUCACCUGUUAAAACAGAGGAAAAGUAUUUUGUACCAUCUCAACUCAAAGUGCCACCUGAUUCCCUCUGUGCCAUGGUACCCUCGCACUCUGACCCCUGUCCUCUAUAUGUCUUCUUUGUUGCUGGUUUUGUGCCCCAUGGCUUGUUUACACGGCUUGUUUCUCGACUUGUUCGUUGGUGUUCUGAGGCUGGUCCAACUCAGCCCCCUACCCUGUACCGAAAUGGAGCAUGGUUCGUCAUUGGGACACGAACUGUCCAUGAUUUAGUUCUUUUCUGCAAGAAACAGUACAUCAAGUUUUUUGUCAUGCAAAGAUCCCAAGAUCAGCAGGUCUCAGGGGAUAAAGGAAGUGAGGUUGCAAUUCAGGUGCGUGAGUUUGUGGAGGCAACACUCCAAUCUUUGUCACAGGAUCUGCUCUAUCUACGUGGGCUGCAGUAUCAGAUUCGUGUCGCCUGUCCAUACUGUCAGCUAGAAAAGUGCAGUGGUCAUAAUCAGCAGGCAUGUGCACAUGUUGACUGUCGUCAUCUCCUUGAGAUAAGAGAAGGUGGCCCACUUUUGUGCAAAAAGAAACCUUCAAAAAAAGUUCUCACAGUCGAGGGCCUGGAAAAAUGGUUCUCACUGUCAACAAGCGAGGUACUAAUGAAAUACAAUCUCUAAGCAACACUGGUAGCAUAAAAUUAAUUGAAGAGAAAUAUAACCUCGAAGGGUAAUUAUGUUAAAAUUAAGGCACCAUACGAUGAGGCUUUAAUCACUAUCUGAAAAGAUUGAACGUAGUCUUUUUAGGGAUGAUGUCUGGUGUAAUGUGACUUAUUUAUUCUUCGACACGGCUUCUCCCAAGUGAAAGAGAAAAUAAUGGAAAAGAGGGAGUUAUUACAUAAAUUUAAGUUGUGGUCAAUAAGCAUUGUCAAUUUAGCAUGAACUGAUACUAUCACUUAAGUUGAUAACAGCAAAGGUGACUUUCCAAGUUCUUAAUCAGUUUGCUCUUGUGAAUGGCCAGCAUUGAAACAUCAGUCUGUGAGUUUCGUUACAUUAACCUAUUGAUCUUAUCAACUCUAUUGUUAAAUGUGUAUUGUAAUGCCCAUAUGCAUAGCAAAGUGCAUGGCGUACGUUAUCUUUUGUAUGUAUUGCAUUGAUGUUCCAAUCUUGGAGCAACAUUGCCUUAUAGGGCUUAUAGCUUUAACGUGUAUGACCUUGCCAAUCACGAUUGUAUCUAUUGGCCUGAAGGUCUUAUAGCGAUGUGCACCUUUUUUUUUUUUUUUCACUCGUCAUGAUUUUGUUUUGCUUCUUUAGCUUUGUAUUGUGUUCUUUUUUUUUUAUUUUUUUUUCUUUUAUGUUUCAAUUUUUGAUAAAUAUUUUUUUAUGUGCUUUAUAUAUUUUAUGUGUUUUUCCUUUCCUGUCAUGUUUUUUUUUUUUGGUCUGAAGGUCUUAUAGCGGUGUGCCCCUUUUUUUUUUUUUUUCACUCGUCAUGAUUUUGUUUUGCUUCUUUAGCUGACCUUAUCUUUAAUUUGAUGGAAUCAGGUUUUACAAAUGUUGGUUCAAACGCUUUCUAGACAGCACCCUAUAUAAAAGUGCUAUUUUGAAAUAUGCAAUGUUGGUUUUCUUUCAGGAAUUGCAUUCAGCCUUUUCUGGUAUAACACAACGUCAUGCACAGCCUUCAAUCUUAAAAGUUUCCCUCCUUUCUAAUGAGUGGGGGUCAUCUAAGGGUGGCUUGUCGACAAUCAACAGAACGCUUGCCAUACAUUUGGCAAAACAACCAAACGUAGAAGUCACUAUUAUUGUACCUCAAUUUGAGUGCGGUGAAGAUGACAAGAGAGCUGCCAAGGCUCAUAACAUUUCCAUUAUGGAAGUACAUCGUCGCCCUGGCUUUAGUGAUCCUCUUGAUUGGCUGAGCUUUCCACCAAGAAACCUUGACAUUCAGGUCGUGAUUGGUCAUGGCGCAAAGCUUGGUAAACAAGCUCAAAUCAUCCAAGAGUCUCAUUGUUGCAAGUGGGUUCAGGUGGUGCACACCGAACCUGAAGAGCUAGCAUUGUAUAAGAACUAUCCUGGCGCAAUUACCAAGGGAGAAGGAAAGAACAGAGCUGAAGUUGAGCUGUGCCAACUUGCAGAUCUCGUUGUGGCAGUUGGGCCCAAGUUGACAGAAGCAUUCUCGUCCUACUUGAGUUCAUCUCAUCAAGAUGUCUUCCAGCUGAUGCCAGGCACCUUUAAAGAGUUUUCAGAUGUUGAGCAUGCUACUACGCGAGCGAGUGCAAAGUUCAAGGUGUUAACCUUUGGCCGUGGUGAUUUUGAAGACUUCACUCUCAAAGGAUACGACAUUGCCGCUCAAGCAAUAGUUGAAUUGAAGGACAGUUCUUACCGUCUGAUCUUUGUUGGUGCACCUGAUGGAAAGCAGGAUGAAGUCGCGGAAAUGUUAUGCCAGACGGGCAUUCGAAGAAACCAGUUGUUUGUCAGAUCAUUCUUGAAAGACAAGCAAAGAUUAAAAGAGUUGUUUUUUGAAGUUGAUGUGGCCAUCAUGCCUUCAAGAACUGAGGGUUUUGGCUUGACAGCACUGGAAGCCAUGUCAGCCGGUCUUCCCAUUCUGGUCAGUGGAAACUCUGGAUUUGGAGAAGCACUGCGUUGUCUUCCAAUGGGCGAGUCAUUUGUGAUUGAUUCAGAUGACCCCAAACAAUGGGCAAAGGCAAUAGCAGCUAUCCAUCAAAAAUCUAGGGCACAGAGGCUUGAGGAAAUUCAAAGACUUCGAAGAAGUUAUGAAGAGAGAUUCAGUUGGGAGAGACAGUGCAAAUCCCUUGUUGACACGAUGUGGAAGAUGGUUUAUGGUAAGAAAUCAAAUUCUUACCCUAAGUAAAGUAACGAUAAUUAAAAUGAACAGUUUUAGGAUGAGAGCUGAGUAUGAUCUGAAAAAUUUUGUAGAUUGUGGAGGAUGCUGGCCGAUGCGGAUAACACCCUACGAGAUCUGCAUAAUUUUGCACAUCAUUUGAAAUCCCAAUCCAAUUAUUGUUUUAUUAUCCAUUCAAUAUAGUUCAUACUUGAAAAACAUGCCUACCUCGAUGAAUGUUAAGUUUCUCUCUUCAACUUCGUUCCAGGGCCUCUCAGUUGCCGUCCCCUUUUCUGGCGAUAUCCUAGACUAUUGACGUCAUUUUACUGGAUAUCGCAAACGUCUCCCAAAUUCGAUCAUCGCUAGCUGGUUUUAAACAAAUAGCCGUGGGAUCGAUCUGAGUCAUUCUCAUUAUGUUCUGUUGAAACCACCGUAAUUUAAAAUGGUCAGUUGGUUUUUGUUUGGACCAGUGUAUUAUCUCCCAUAGAGCGUUUUCACUCAUGUGGCGAGCAUCUACGCCAAUUUGUUGGAACAAAAUAAAGUGUUUAUAUAAGAAAAGAGUUCAACUCCCACAGGAUUGGUUUGGAACACAAACAUGGCCGCCGUUUCUUUGUUUCGGAACACUAGUAUGACCGACAUGACGUCAUGUGAAAACGCUAUAUUAAACUGACGUGAAAUAACCUUUCGCAUUCUGGAUUUUUCCUCUAUCAUUUGCAGGUGAACUGGUUUUCCUUGCACUUAAAAAAAUCAAGCUGGAAGCGCGUAGAGAGGCCAGCAAAACUGAGCUGUCGUUGAAUUUAAAGAGGAUUGCUUUGGACAAAGGUUUUGUGAUUUCUGACAAUCAAGGGGAUGGAAACUGCAUGUUUUUUGCACUUUCAGAACAACUUGACCACAUCAAAGGAAUUAAAAUCACUCAUGAGGAGUUACGCCGAACUGUUGUCCAGUACCUCAAGGACAACCCUAGGCUGGUUAGUGUCUUUUUUUAGUGCCUUAAAGCUGUCAAGCUAUUUAUCUCAUACUAGCAACUUAGGCUGAACGAAGUGGAAAAGGGAGAAAAUAAAGAGGGUUUCUUUUCAAUAUAAAUCAAAUAACGGAAGCCCAAGCAGAAAUGGAAACGGACUGGGGAACAUUUCCUUUUUUCGCCUCGGCCGUUAAGCUUCUUUUGCGUACGUUUAAAAAAACAGACCUGUGACUUGACGGAUAUAGCACUUUGCCACUACGGCAGCUUUUUUCCUGCUAACUUCUCUUUUGCGUCAUCCACACUAUUAAACGCUUGGAGAGGCUAAUGGACAUAUAGAGUUGGUCCUUAUCGUUCUUGAUUUAUUUUGUUUGAAACUUUAUGAGGCGGACACGUAUUUUAGAGUACGACUACUAACGGUGUCUGUGGCCCAGGGGAGUACUCCCUAUAAUGGCCUAUACGGGGAGGCUCCGCACAAAAGGGGUACCUUUUUCAGACUUCAGGUUUAUGAAAGGGUAAGCGCUUUAUUGGUUGAUGUAUAUAAAAGGGUAACGAAAUCUGUCAUUUCGGUCUUUAAAAGGACUAAAAAGGGCUAACAAACGCAUUUCAUGGAUGUAAAAGAAAUAAGAAACCUUCCUGGUUUAGUGAUUUAUUCAUAAAAAAGAUGGUGCAUUUACAGCUGAGCAGUUUCAACUUUGCAUUCCUUUUAAAGGGGAUGCAAAGUUCUAAACUAGGUAUGUCAAAGGGGCACCAUUUGUCAAUAGAAGGUAUACGAAAGGUGAACCUUUUCUGUCAACAAUGGUGUAUAAAAGGGUAAGGGGUUGGGCCUCGGAGCGGAGCCUCCCCCAUAUAAAAUUGUUGAGCGCCCCCCCCCCUCCCCCCACGGGGUCUGUGGUGGAGAGAGCUGACUGCGUAGUUUCCUGAAUAAGAACCGUCUAGAAAUGAGCGUUGUCGUCUUUUUAGUAACUACAGCAUUUUUCUCUUACAGCCGGAUGGGACGGAUCUGUUCCACUUUGUUGAUGGAUAUUCAUCUUGGAAUGCUUACCUUACAACCAUGAUGGCAGAUGGUACAUGGGGUGAUCAUGUGAUUCUCCAUGGUGCUGCAAACUGCUUUGAAACAUGCGUUCAUGUGAUAAGCAGUCUGCCGCAUCACCAUGACGUUAUAAUCUGCCCAGAGUAUGAUGUCACUGGUAGCAACCGGCUUGUGCUGGGUCACGUGUACGAGCUUCACUAUGUUAGUCUUAUUCCACUUGAAGGAUGCUAA